AUGGCUGACGCAGACGCAGCAGCCAGCAACACCUGGAACGGCGACGCCGCACGCACCGCCGCACGCGACGACGAACCACAGUGGAACGGCGGUCGCAGCCCUUCCCCCAGGGGCGCAGCCACCCCUCCCCGCCGCGAGCGAGAACGCUCCAGGUCCCCCGCUCGCCGAAACGAAGACGACCGUCCCAGCAGGGCCGACCGCUCUGGCGAGACCAACCCUGGAAACAACCUCCACGUCUCGGGUCUCAGCACCAAAGUCACCGACCGCGACCUCGAAGAGGCCUUUGGCAAGUUUGGCGCCAUCGAAAAGGCACAGGUAAUGUACGACCCCCACACACGCGAGCCCCGCGGCUUCGCCUUUGUCACCUUUGUCAAGCCCGAAGAGGCCGAGGCCGCCAUGGCCGCCCUCAACGGCACCGACUUCCAGGGCCGCCGCAUGACUGUCGACAAGGCCCGUCGCGGCCGCGCCCGUACUCCCACCCCCGGCCGCUACUUUGGCCCGCCCAAGCGAGGCGACGAACCCCGUGGUGGCGGCCCGGGAUACGGACGCGGCCCUUACGACCGCGGCUACGGACCCCCGCCCCGUGGCGGCUACCCGCCGCCCUUCCCUCCGCGCGAUCCCUACGACAGGUACGGCAUGCCGCCUCCCAUGGGCGGCCGCCCGCUCUCGCCUCCCUCGAUGCGUGACCCCUACGACCGCUACGCGCGCGGCCCCCCGCCGCCUCGCGACUACCCUCCCCGCGACCGCGACUACCUCCCUCCUCCCCGCGGCAUCCCCGGCGACUACCCUCCGCCGCGCGACUACCCCAGGGGCCCGCCGCCGGCCGACUACCCUCCGCCGCGUGGCGGCUACCGUGACCUCUCGCCCCCGCCUCGCGGACGCUACGACGAUGUGCCCCCGCCUCCGCGUGGCGGCGUGCCCCCGCGCGGCUACGGCGACCUCCCCCCGCCUCCCCGCGGCGGUCCCGGUCGCUACGACGACCUGCCCCCGCGCAGGUACUGA